UCUUUAUUGCAAUUCCCACACAGUUUCUGUCAUUUUAAAACUCAGUUCACUUGUCCCUUGGAGCCAUUAUUUUUGUUUUGUUUAACAUUACAAGUUUAAGCUGUUCCUGAGCCCUGCCCUGAGGAGUCUUCAUCUCAUCUCAUGACUUUUGCCAAGAGAAUUCCUGUUUUUCUGGUGAGGCUUUUAGCCUUGGGUGGCACUGUUACUGCCAUCGUUGUGAUGAUCACCAGCCAUGACUCUGCUCAGGUUCUGGGCAUGACCUUUGAAGCCAAGUACAACAAUUCACCAACUUUCAAGUACUUUGUUGUUAUGAAUGCAAUAGCUAGUGGCUAUAGCAUCAUAGUCCUCUUUUUUCCUUCCAAGAACUCGCUCGCACGCAUUCUGUUGGUUACAGAUACGAUUAUGACAUUGCUGUUAGAUUCAAGCAUAUCAGCAUGUUUGGCACUAGGUCAACUGGGAAAGAAGGGAAACAGUCAUGCUGGUUGGCUACCAAUAUGUGGGCAGGUACCAAAGUUUUGUGACCAUGUUGGAGGAGCUCUGAUUGCUGGUUUUGCAGCUACAGUUCUUUAUUUUAUUCUUGUUCUCUAUUCUUUCCAUAAUGUCCUUAAUCUGUACUCUCUUAAAGCUUAGAGCUUUUUGUCCUUUAAGGAAUUUUGUUAUAUUUAUUU